CGGCUCCUGCGGGAGGUAAACACAGCCGCGUGCUGUGAUAGGAGGAGGGACUCGGCACAGUUCCAGCCACCGCCAGUCCCACAAAAAAGGCACCCACCGACCACAUUCCUGCUCUUUGUUCACACACAUAAGGAGGGGAGAAGCGCAGAGCUCGGUGUUCGAUUGCUUCGGCCUCGAGAUGGAAACCAUGGCGGAUCGGGAGGAUAAUGUUACCAUUCCUAAAUUCAACACUCUCCUCCAAAUGGACCCGUACCUAAAACCCUACGCGAAGGACUUCAAGCGGAGGUAUGAGCUGUUCCAGAAGCAGCUUUUCCAGUUGGAAGAGGCAGAGGGCGGCUUCGACCAGUUCACAAGGAGCUAUUGGACCUUUGGCGUGCAGCGUCAGCCCAACAAUAGCCUCUUCUUUAAGGAGUGGGCGCCAGCUGCAGAAGCCCUCUUCCUCACCGGUGAUUUCAACGGCUGGGACAAAUUCUCCCACCCGUACGCUAAGAGAGAUUACGGCAAGUGGGAGCUGAUUCUCCCUCCGAAGCGUGACGGGGCUCCCGCUGUGGAUCACAACACCAAGCUCAAGGUGGUGGUCCACACGAAGGAAGGGGAGCGGCUCUACCGGAUCUCACCUUGGGCCAAAUAUGUGACCAGGGAGGAGAAGACGGUCAUCUAUGACUGGAUUCACUGGGACCCCCCACAGCCUUACAUUCAUAUCCACCCGCGACCCAUGAAACCCACGCACCUGAGGAUCUACGAGGCCCACGUGGGCAUCGCGUCACCCGAGGGAAAGAUCGCAUCGUACAGCAACUUCACCAUCAACGUGCUGCCACGUAUAAAAGACCUGGGUUACAACUGUAUUCAAAUGAUGGCCAUCAUGGAACACGCGUAUUAUGCGAGUUUUGGCUAUCAGGUUACCAGCUUCUUCGCAGCGUCCAGUCGCUACGGGAAUCCUGACGAGCUGAAGCAACUGAUCGACGUGGCGCACUCGAUGGGCAUCGUGGUGCUGCUGGACGUGGUCCACAGCCACGCAUCCAAGAACACGGAAGACGGUCUCAACAAGUUUGACGGCUCUGACUCGUGCUUCUUCCACUCGCCGCCGCGAGGGGAGCACAGCCUCUGGGACAGCCGCCUAUUCAAUUAUUCCAGCUGGGAAGUGCUGCGCUUCCUGCUCUCAAACCUGCGCUGGUGGAUGGAGGAGUACAAGUUUGACGGCUUCCGUUUCGACGGCAUCACUUCCAUGCUGUACCAUCACCACGGCAUUGGCGUCGCCUUUUCUGGGGAUUACAGCGAGUAUUUUGGCCUCCACGUGGACGAGGACUCACUGGUGUACCUGAUGCUGGCCAAUCACAUCCUGCACACGCUGUAUCCUGACUGCAUCACCGUCGCAGAGGACGUGUCGGGGAUGCCCGCUCUCUGCAGGGGUGUGGAGGAAGGCGGGCUCGGGUUUGAUUACCGCCUGGCGAUGGCCAUUCCCGAUAAGUGGAUUCAGAUCCUGAAGGAGUUAAAGGAUGAAGAGUGGGACAUGGGCAACAUCGUCCACACGUUGACCAACAGGCGCUACGCGGAAAAGAGCAUCGCAUAUGCCGAGAGUCACGACCAGGCCCUAGUCGGGGAUAAAACGCUGGCGUUCUGGCUGAUGGACAAGGAGAUGUACACCAAUAUGAGCUCGCUGGCUCCCAUGACUGCCGUUAUCGAUCGUGGCAUGCAGCUGCAUAAAAUGAUCCGCCUGAUUACACACGCUUUGGGCGGCGAAGCCUACCUCAACUUCAUGGGGAAUGAGUUUGGUCACCCCGAGUGGCUAGAUUUUCCUCGAAAGGGCAACAAUGAGAGCUACCAUUACGCCCGACGGCAGUUCAACCUGCUGGACAUGACGCAUCUGCGCUACCGUCAGCUCUACGCUUUUGACCGCGACAUGAACCGCACCGAGGACAAGUAUGGUUGGCUGGCCGCCCCGCCGGCCUUUGUGAGCGCCAAGCACCAGGAGGACAAGGUCAUCGUGUUUGACAGGGCCAACGUGCUCUUCAUCUUCAACUUCCACCCCAGCAAAAGCUUCCAGCACUACAAGGUGGCUGUGCAGGCGCCAGGAAAGUACAGAAUCAAGCUGGAUUCCGACGAGGCCCUCUACGGAGGCCACGGACGGCUGGACCACAACACCGAGUUCUUCACGGAGCCCCACCCCUUCAACGGACGCCCCCAUUCGAUGCAGGUGUACAUCCCCUGCAGGACCGCUAUUGUGCUGGCGAAUGAGGAGAUUGAUUACUGUUAUUAGAAAGACACACACAGCGUCUGAUUGGUCCAUUCGGACGUCCAAACGCCGCUUGAGUCCAUCCAGCGCCAUCAGCCGGGUUUCAUUAUCCGUGUUCCGUGUUCUUUGUCAUGUGUAACACAAUCGUGGGUGCAGGGAAGCAACACACAACGUUAGCGGUAAUUAUUGACGAUAAUCACGGUAAAACAAAAGGAGCUUAGUUUUAUUUUGCACUUUUGGAUGUUAAUUUAUGGUUAUUUGUGUCGGUGGUGCUACUUUACCAUAAGGGUACCUUUAUGUAGAAAGCAUAAAAAGAGUAAGAGAAUAAAGGAUUUAGGAAGUGAUUCUAAUGGGUUUAUAUGAGCACUUUAUGAAUUGUUUAUAGAUUGGUUGUUAUUAAGUUGACGCCUACUAAACCUUAAUAAACAGCCUUGACAGCAUCAAUCAUUUCACCAAAUAGUGAGCCCGCUAUUUUGAAAAUAAAAUAAAUUAUAGCAGCUGCAAAUGUUUUGAUCUUUAUCUCAAAUGUAAACAAAAGGUUCAUUUUUGUUCGGAUAAAACAAAAUCCGGUUUUGGCUUUCGUUCGGGGCUUAUUUGGGAGAAUUUCCCAGAGAAAAAAAAUCAAGCACUGGAAUCUGCCCAAAAUGGCGGCGCCAAACCCAAAAUGGCUCACAUCCAUCUUUUCCACAGCCAGUUUUAAAAAUAUUUUUAAGGGGACCUUUAUGGUAAAGUCCGACAGUCAGUAUUACCAGCACUUUGAUCAUUUUUGGGGGCAUUUUCAUCAUACACAUGCUGUAAUUUGCACAGAAAAAAAUGGUUUUAUAAAAUUUAAAUGAGUAUUUUGUUGAGCAACAAAAACACUGUGGACUUUUGGGUCAUUUGAUGUGUGGUUUUUGAAAUGUAGAACAUGGAAAAAAAAAAAAGAAGUGCCAUCUCACCAAACCUCUCCCAAAGUUUUUCUCAUUUUAUUGUAUGUAUUCGUAUGUAAUUUACUCUCUAGAAUAGUUUAUCAGGUAGUUAUAAAAACAUAUUUUGGAUUACUAAUACUUCUUCACAAUUCAUUAAAUGUGUGUCAUUACUGAGCGGGAAUUGCCGCAUGGUGUCAGGUGUUGUGUACCACUACACCAGGCGUGUCAAACUCAUUUUUGUUGCAAGCCACAUUUUACUCACGGUUCCUCUCAGAGGACCAUCAUGACUGUGAAACCAUAAAAAUCUUCAACCGCCUCACCAUAUUUGUGUGAAAAUGUUUAACUCAUUUUGGAAUCAGACAUCGAGAAUAAUGGGUUUUUCAACUAUUUUGGUUUGGUAACACAAAAAUGCUUGUAAUAGCUUAUCAUUUAUGACAGGGGUCACCAACGCGGUGCCCGCGGGCGGAUGGUAGCCCAUGAGGACCAUAUAAGGCGCCCGCGAGGUAUGUUCUAAAAAUAUCACAGGUCACAAAUUGUUACUAUUCUUUGUGCCUUAAAUUCUGAAUCUGACUUGCUUACGUGAAUUAAAAUUUUAAAAUACCUGUAAUGUCAUUUACUACAAUAAAUUAAAACUAAAAUAGUUUAUGUACGUGUAAUGAACUGAGUCUGAAAUUUGCCGCAAA